CGCGCCCUUCGUCGUCUUCCGCGUGUGUGUUUUGCUCGGCGAAUCAUUCUGUUCGCCAGUGUCGUGAGUUCAAGGCCAUGAACGUUAAUCAGCGACGAGCUUUCGUGACUGAAAGGCGGCUAUGUAGAAAUUGCAUGUCGUCUUUCCAUGCCACCGCUAAGUGCAGUUCGAGUCAGAGCUGUCACACAUGCGGGGGACGACACCAUACAAUUCUCCAUCUGGCAUCUGCUGCCACUGCAUCCCCUUCCGUUUCCUAUGCUAGAAGGAAAUCCCUUUCAACGGCAGAACGUCCUUCUUCGCCCUCUGUUUCAUCAGAGGAGCCAACCCGUGCUGUCACCUCUCCGGGCACCUCAAUAAGGGCUCGAUCAGCGGGGAUCUCGAUGAUGUCACGCCGGAGCCCUGAGGCGGGAGGAUCAGUGUCGUCUCGAGCCUCGCCAGCUUCACCACCCUUUCAUUCUUCCCACUCCUCUGGAAGUGGUUCCGAAUGACUGCACUGGUCAUCUCGCGGUUGUCUUACUCCGUCAAACAAACAUCUGUCUUCGUCUUUCCGUCUGUUCUCUUCUUAUCGUCUGUCUUCAUCUCCGCGGUCUUCUUUGCGUCAGACCAAUAAUCCUGACUAUCUCAUGCCUACCGCUUGGAUACGUCUUGAUAACCGGCGGAAUGUCGUGUUCGGCCGUGCUCUCCUGGAUUCCGGCUGCCAGCACACCCUCAUCACCCGUGAGUGGGCCUCCAAGCUUCGUCUAUUCAUCCACCCUGAAACCAUUCAACUUCGCACCUUGAGUAACGCGGAUCAGUUUCGCAUUCAGGGGUACGCAUACGUCACUCUCUAUCACCAAGGGGAUCCUCCCAAUCUUAUCAUCAAAGCUUACGUUAUUGACAGCCAAAUAGAUCCUCUUCCUGUCAAAGCAUUCAACGGCCGGUGGCCUGAGUUUCAGAAACUCAGCCUGGCUGAUCCACUCUUUUUUAUUCCUCGUGCCAUUGGAAUGUUGAUCGGCUCGGAUGUGCUUCCUCAUCUAGUUCUUCCUGGCACCUUGUGCCCAUCGUCUGAGCUUCCAGGUGCAUUAUCUACCACCUUAGGUUGGGUACUUUAUGGGCCGUAUGCUCGCCAUCGGAGGAAGACAAAACACGUGUCUUUCUCACCAGCCACUGUUCAUAGUCGCAUUCGACCUUCUAGACAAAACACUUUUCCGUCAUUUUCAGCAGGGUCAUCAUCUGCUGUGUCUUCUCCAUCCCCUUCUCAGCCCAAAGUCCUUCUAUCAGAGGCCGCCUGCCAUGUUCCUUCGGACAAUACUGAUUCUUCUGAUGCUUCUGCCCGUAUCUCAUCAUCUGAUGUGAUAAGUUCUCCUGUCAUCACGGACCCUCUGAGCUCCCCGCGUCAUUCAGAUCAGGAACUUGUCAACAUCGUUCGGCGUUUUUGGGAACUCGAUAAAGUACCUGACGUGCUUCCUUUGACCCCUGCCGAGAAGGAGUGUGAAGUUCUGUAUCGCGCUGAAGUCACUCGUGACUCCACUGGCAGAUACACUGUUGGUUUGCCCUUCUCAUCUUAUCGUCUGGGUACCUCUGUCAAUGUGGCGACUAGGCAGUUUCUUCGAUUAGAAAAUCGUCUAGAAAAUAACCCUGAUCUUCGUGUCGCCUAUCAUGAGUUUAUGCGAGAUUAUCUCUCGAGUGGUCACAUGGAAUUGGUUCCUGAAUCAUUUGACCAUCCUCGAUAUGAACCUUAUUAUAUUCCUCAUCAUCCUGUACACCGUCCAGAUGAUCCUGCUACUAAAAUUCGAGUUGUCUUCAACGCCUCUUGCGCAUCUGCUAAUGGCAAAUCCCUCAACGAUCUCCUGCUUACCGGCCCGAAGCUGCAAGCGGACAUUUCCACUCUUCUGCUUCGUUUUCGUCUACAUCAAUUUGUUUUUACUGCCGAUAUCAGACAGAUGUAUCGACAGAUCCUGAUACGCCCUGAGCAAAGGGAUUAUCAACGCAUCGUCUGGCGUUUCUCCAAACGGGAACCCCUCCAAUAUUACCGUCUGAACACAGUCACCUAUGGAGUUUCCUCGGCUCCUUACCUAGCACUUAGAACCCUUCAUCAGCUAGCUUCGGACGACGGACUCAGAUUUCCUACGGCAAGGCAAGUCUUGCUGAAUGAGAUUUAUGUCGAUGACAUCUUGACCGGCUGUUCAUCCGAAUCUGAAGCUCUUGAAUUGCGAAAGCAGGUUCAAGACCUGCUCAUGGCGGGUGGUUUUGAGCUGCGUAAAUGGGCUACUAAUCAUCUUUCCCUGCUAGACGGUAUCCCAUCUGAUCAUCGUAGGGAAUCCUCCUCUAUUGACCCCCUUCUUCUUGACCGUGAACCAAGUCUCAAAAUUCUGGGACUUGGAUGGAAUCCUGCAUCUGAUCACUUCUUUUAUUCCGUCCGUUUAAACUCAACGACAGUCACCAAACGGAAUGUGCUGAGUCAGAUGGCUAGAAUCUUCGAUCCUUUGGGAUGGCUAACUCCAGUCACUUUCUAUGCCAAAAUCUUCUUUCGUCAGCUCUGUCUACUUCAUCUAGAAUGGGAUCAACCUCUCUCGAAUGAGAUUCAAAACCGGUGGUUGCAGUUUCAAUCCCAGCUUCCCACGUUGACAGAGCUUCACAUACCACGAUUCAUCCCUGCCGUUUCUUCUUCUGUUCAUCGCUUCAUCGGCUUCUGUGAUGCCUCUGAAUCCGGCUAUGCUGCAGUUGUUUAUCUAAGCACUCCUACAUCGUCCGGUCGAUUCCACGUGUCUCUUCUAGCGGCCAAAUCCAAAAUUUCUCCUUGUAAGGCAAUGUCCCUGCCUCGUCUAGAACUCUGCGGUGCCCACCUUCUCGCAGAACUCAUGCAUCAUUUGUCUACCCGCGUUUUACAGAAUCUCAGUGCUGACUAUAUUGCCUUUUGCGAUUCUUCUGUUGCCUUGUCGUGGAUCCGUGGUGAGAGUCACAGGUGGAAGACAUUUGUUGGCAAUCGAGUCGCUGAGAUACAGGAUUUGAUUCCUUCUAAUUGCUGGAGGCAUGUGAUAUCUGAAGACAAUCCAGCUGAUUGCGCCUCUCGAGGAUUGAUGCCCUCAGAUAUUCAUCACCACCCAUUGUGGUGGCGCGGUCCUCCUUGGUUGUCUCUCGACCCAUCCUCGUGGCCUCUUUCCUCUGUCGAUUCAUCUCAAACUGAACAGGUGGACGACGAAGCAAAGCCGAUCUCCUCCUUAAUGUUAGCGGCCAUCUCCAAUGAACCCACCUUCAUAGAACGUUUCUCUUCGUAUCUUCGUCUCAAGCGCGUAACUGCCUUUUGUCGACGUUUCAUGUUCAGUCUCUGCAUUUCGCUGAGGAGCUAG